AUGGCUUUUUUCAAACAAAGGUUGAGAAUUGCUUCAGGACCAGAUAUGACGACCACCAUGUGCUGUCCGGGUCGUGUUGAUCCUUGCACGAGAGCAAAAUCAGAAGGUGAAGGACCUCUGGCGCUGACUAGGUACUAUUUCGAUGCUGCCCAGCGACAAUGUUUACCGUUUGUGUUUCGAGGAAUAAGAGGAAAUGCGGUGAUUGCAAGCAAAUUAGAUAACAAAAUUACAGAACAAUUUCCUAACCAAAGAAAAUUGCGAAUCUCGUUGUCCAGUACAACUAAAUCCUUGCCCAGUUUCGAUGAACUCAAUGAAGACCAUGGUGAGCCUAAUUUUCUUUACCGCUAUGGGUUUUUCAAACAAAUGCCACUCACAACCUGCUCAAGAACAUUGAAGUGUCCUGAAGCACAUUGGUGUCAUAUUGGGGAGACCAAUGAUACUACCGUAUGUUGUCCGAAUGCCCUUCCAAACCCAUGCACAGCACCACCACGCAAUCCUGGUGAUGGUCCAUGGCAUGCGACGAGAUGGGCCUUUGAUGGCAAUAGCCGUAAAUGUGUACCGUUCGAGUAUCGUGGUUUGCAUGGAAACGCCAACAAUUUCCUUACUCGUGAAGAUUGUGAACAAAGAUGCCCAGGUUGGAAUCAUUUUCACCAAAUAUAGUA